GCCAUAGAGGUAGUCACGAUGACUGAGUUUGGAGACUUUAUAAGUGCUUUGGGGGAGUUUGGGCUAUAUCAGAAAUUGCUGGUACUGUUGCUCUCCCUCCCACUACUUCUUAAUCCUUUCCAAAUGAUAGGCCAAGUGUUCAUGGUUGUGGAUGUGCCACAUCACUGUGACACCAGCUGGAUCCGUGCUGUCGGCCCCAACCUGACCGAGGAAGAGCAGCUGAACCUCACCCUGCCCCGGGACGUGGAUGGGGCGUACGAGCAGUGCUCCAUGUACUCGCCGGUGGACUGGGACCUCGGCUCCAUCGUGGCGUACGGCCUGAACGCCACGGAGAAGUGCAGCAGUGGCUGGGUGUACCCCUCAGCACAACCGCCGUCCCUGCUGACCGAGUUUGACCUGGUGUGUGACAGGAAGGACCUGAAUGACAUCUCUCAGUCCAUCUACAUGGCAGGGCUUCUUCUAGGAUCCAUGAUGUUUGGGCCACUAAGUGACAGGAUAGGCCGUCGGCCAGUCUUUCUGAUCUGCCUCGUCUUCCAGGGCUUGUUUGGUGUAGGAAUUGCCUUUGUGCCCCAUUUCUAUGUGUACAUGGCCUUCAGGUGUGUCGUUGGGGCUUCGGUCUCAGGAACUCUGAUUACUACCUUGGCUUUAGCUACAGAAUGGGUUGGUGUCUCCUCCCGGCCAAAGGCAGUGCUUAUUUCUCAUUGCUGUUUCGCCAUCGGACAGAUGAUUUUGGCUGGUUUGAGUUACGGUAUUCGCAACUGGAGGCUGCUGGAGAUUGCAGGAUCUGCUCCUGUAUGUGCCCUUUUCUUCUACUUCUGGUAA